AUGAAAGUUAUUACGGCCAAUUUCGUGACCUGCUCGGUCAAGGAAUGCAAGACUUCUAAAAGCGCCUUUCCACUUCACUUCCAUGACGCCGAGCUCGAAAUGCAGGAAUUGGAUUUCCAACCGGAAUUCAUCCGUAAUAUUAUUCCCCGCAUCGACUGGGAAGCUCUACGGGUCACCGCGAAUGAGCUGGGAUUCCCAGGUCUUCCGGAAGUGAAACCAGAGGGCGAGGCACUUGAUGAUGAACAGACUUUGAAAGACCUCCACCGACUAUUACUGGAAACUCAGGUUAUGGAGGGCAGAUUGAUCUGUGGCAACUGCAGCCAUGAAUAUGUGCUCAAGGAGGGAAUUGCCAACUUCUUGCUUCCAAGCCAUUUAGGUAGGCGACUCUGCAUUCGCAUCUCUAAUUCUCCCGGUUUAGUCGUCCCGACUGACACUUCUUUCUUGCAGUCUGAGUCCUUCCAUCCGGGCCAAAAAUCCGCUCACUGA